AUGUUGUUUUUCAGCUUCUUCAAAACACUCACCAACCACGUCGUCACCGUCGAACUGAAAAACGACAUCCGCAUCCGCGGCACAUUGAAGUCGGUCGACCAAUACCUCAACAUCAAGCUAGAUGAUGUCGAUGUGCUCGACCUGGAUAAAUAUCCGCAUUUGUCGUCGGUGAAGAACAUGUUUAUUCGUGGGAGCGUGGUCCGAUACGUUGUUUUGCCGCAGGCUGAGGUUGAUCGGGGACUGUUGGAGGAUGCGACGCGGCGAGACACCUUUGAGGAUGAUGGUGGUGGUAUUUUAGUUCCCAUGACGGCAAUUUCAAUGGACAUGAUGACGACCACACCGGCUGCAAAGCGGACUCCGCUACGUCCAGCGAGAGGAGGUUCGUCUGCGGUCAAGAAAAACACCAGCAUUCUGAAUUUCUUCAAGAAGACGGAUCCUCCCAAUUCGAAACAGCCUCGAUUGACCGAAUUCGGAGUCACCGUUUCACGAUCUGCGAACAACAAUAAUAAUAAUGGGAAAGAGAAUGACGCUCUACCAAAGGAGGAGUCUGGGUUAUUUGUUGAGGAUACGAAGCGCUCGUGGAAGAAUCUGGUAGAUAUUAAAGAUGAGGGACGAACGACGACAUCCAAGAAGUUGAAUCCGAUAGGCAAUGCGGGUCCUGCCGAGAAGUCAUAUAACUCCAAGGAGCCCGAGUCCGAACGGUUCAACGAAAACGCGGGGUCAAUAAAAAAGCGGAAAGUUGAUUCCCUAAUUGUCAAUAGGAAAGAAAAAGAACACAGGGGCCCCUUCAUCGAUGAAUCUGAUAGCGAGGAAGACGACGACGAUAUCAUAUCGUAUACAGAUGUCAACAACACGAAUAAUACCCAGCCACGGCCUGAACAAAAUGUCGAUCAAACCUUAGCCUUCGAACCCCCACCACUGGUAAGAGCAGCCACUAGCAACUAUGAAUCGAGUGCGGUGGCCGAUGACUUUGAUGAUAUAGAAGACGAAUUAGAAGGAGAAGACUUCAUGGAACAGCCAUGGAUGGAAGAGGAAGCAAGUGCAUUGGGAAUGUUGGAUGGUAGCGUGGUAGACGACAGGCCAUCGUGUCCAAUAUGUCAGGCUAGUUUGGAGGGACAGUCAGAUUCUGAAGCAUCAUUACACGUAAAUGCAUGUUUGGAUGGAAACCCGCAACCUCUUCCAGAAAAACGCAAACCUUCAGCUCCUCGUUUGACACGGCAAGAAAAAGCAGCAAUAGCUAGACCUGCGCAACGAAAUCCAUUUACGACGGGGUCCACCGGUACGACUUCUGCGUUUGCAAAGCUCAUGGCUGGGAAUGCCGAGGAUUCGGCGUGGGCUGCAGCUGCAGCUAACGAAGUAGCCUCGCGAGGCAAACAAGCUUAUGAACGAACAUGUCCCUUUUAUAAGAUUUUGCCGGGGCUUUUCAUUACAGUGGAUGCGUUUCGCUAUGGCUCUGUUGAAGGGUGCGAGGCAUAUUUCUUAAGUCAUUUUCAUAGCGAUCACUAUGGCGGUCUUACUGGCUCGUGGAGUCAUGGUCCCAUAUACUGUAGCAAGGUCACGGGAAACCUUGUACGGCAGCAGCUUAAAGUCGACCCGAAAUACGUUGUUGAUCUCGAUUUUGAGAAGAAGACCGAGGUUCCAAAUACGAAAGGGGUUUACGUUACAAUGAUCCCUGCAAAUCAUUGCCCAGGAAGUUCUCUUUUCUUGUUUGAGAAAAUCAUGGACAACGGCCGUGUCCAUCGUGUGCUCCAUUGCGGCGACUUUCGCGCUUGCCCAGCCCAUGUUCAACAUCCCUUAUUGAGGCCACAAGUCGUGGACACGGCCUCGGGCCAGUCGCGACAGCAGCGCAUCGACGUUUGCUAUCUAGAUACCACCUAUCUCAAUCCGAAAUAUAGUUUCCCGAACCAGGAGGAAGUCAUCAAGGCGUGUGCAGAUAUUUGUGUUCGAUUAAGCGACCAGCAUGGUGACAGCAGAGAGGUCCUCGAGCUCCACAAAAGGGAAAAGGGAGCGAAUGCAAUGAGCAAGUUUUUUUCUACUAAGGAACGUGAUGGGAGAGAAAAGGAGGAUUCAACAUCAUCGUCACGCGGACGCCUUUUGGUGGUGAUUGGAACGUAUAGCAUUGGCAAAGAGCGCAUAUGUUUGGGGAUCGCUCGAGCCUUGAAAUGCAAGAUAUAUGCGCCGCCGCAAAAACAGCGUGUCUGCGCCUGUCUUGAGGACCCCGAACUCACGUCUCUUCUCACGGACAACCCCCUGGAAGCGCAGAUUCACAUGCAGAUCCUCUUCGAGAUCCGCGCGGAGACCCUUUCUGACUAUCUACAAUCGUUCAAGGGCCAUUUCUCUCGCGUCGUUGGCUUCCGCCCCACGGGCUGGUCAUACCGACCACCUGGUGGGCGUCUUCUUGACAACCCCCCCGUCGCCAAUGUGCUUCAUUCCGGCAACUGGAAGACUUCCUACAGUGUAACGGAUCUCGUGCCCCAGCGAGGCAGCACCAAGGAAGCGUCGUGUUUUGGGGUGCCGUACAGCGAGCAUAGCUCUUUCCGAGAAUUGACUAUGUUUUGCUGCGCGUUACGUAUUGGGCGAAUCAUUCCCACGGUGAAUGUGGGCAAUGCCAAGUCCCGCGAGAAGAUGAAGGCGUGGAUUGAACGGUGGGAGGCUGAGAAGAGGAAAUCAGGGCUGUUUCGCGUUGAGGGCGAUGUGUGGUAG